UUUCCCACGGAUGCCUGCGGGUGUUCCAGAUGUCACUAAGGAAGUCAAUCAGGAAGAUGGGCUCCCGUGGACAGGGAUUCAUGCUGGGAUGCUGCCUGCUGCUGGCUGUCACCUGGGGCCCGGUCCUGAGCCUUGUGCCCCGAGUUCAGGAGGAACAACAGGAGUGGGAAGAGACAGAGGAGCUGACAUCUCCCCUGGAUCAUGUGACAAGGCCCGAAGAAACACACAAGAGGUAUAGCCCUAGCCAGCGUGAGGGCCUCCCCACUUCCCGGUGCUAUCGAUGCUGUGACUCCAACCCUCCCGUAUACCAGACAAUCCCUCCGCCCCAGAUCAACAUCACCAUCCUAAAAGGUGAGAAAGGUGACCGAGGGGAUCGAGGCCUCCAGGGGAAGUAUGGCAAAAUAGGUUCUACGGGUCCCAGGGGCCACAUUGGCCCCAAAGGGCAGAAGGGAUCUAUGGGAGCCCCUGGGGACCACUGCAAGAGCCAGUACGCAGCCUUCUCCGUGGGCCGAAAGAAGGCUCUGCACAGUAACGACUACUUCCAGCCUGUGGUCUUUGACACGGAGUUUGUGAACCUCUACAAUCACUUCAACAUGUUCACCGGGAAGUUCUACUGCUACGUGCCCGGCAUAUACUUCUUCAGCCUCAACGUGCACACGUGGAACCAGAAGGAGACGUACCUGCACAUCAUGAAGAACGAGGAGGAGGUCGUGAUCCUGUACGCGCAGGUGAGCGACCGCAGCAUCAUGCAGAGUCAGAGCCUGAUGCUGGAGCUGCGCGAGCAGGAUGAGGUAUGGGUGCGCCUCUUCAAGGGCGAGCGUGAGAACGCCAUCUUCAGUGACGAGUUCGACACCUACAUCACCUUCAGCGGCUACCUGGUCAAGCCGGCCUCCGAGCCCUAGCAGACACCCCUUGGAGCUUCCACGGACUUCUGACCUCCUUGCCUGUCACCUGGCUUAUCCCUGCAUUCUACGGACACUGGAGUCCUGCCCCAGGCUGACCCCAUCAUCUCUCUCCUCCACCCUGGCUUCCUUGGCCUUGACUUCCUCAGUUUUGGUUUUUGACAAGAUGCCCUUGGCCACCGGGAAGCCCAAAGGUCCCAGAUCUGGCGGCUACUCUACGCGGAGAGCUGCCGGUGGAUGAGAUCAUUGGGCGGGGAGACUGUGUGGACAUUGAGGGACCUCCAGCUCCUCCUGUGUACACAGCCUUAGACGACCCUGUGCUGUGUUGUCCUGUGGCCACAGGGUGUUCCAGAGCACAGCCCCUGUGUGUUUUCAUUCCUGGACGCAAGUAAGCAAAGGUCGUGGGUUUCUUAGGAACGAAGUAAAGCAGAAAAGAGAAAGAAAGCUGGUGUGUUAGUUUUGGCUUUCCAGCCAGCUUGGAGAGAGGGGGCCCACGUGUGUGUGUGUUUGUACUGAGGAAACUGAGGCACAGGAAAAGCAUAAAUGGCUACAGAGGAGCUGCAGUUUGUGGGUUUGGAAACCACAUCUGACUUAGCUCUAGGCCGGGCUUUCCUGGGGACAGCAGGACCGACUUCUGCGCUCUGUUGACAUGCUAGAGCUUUCCCCAGCGGCUUGUCAGUCUUUUAGAGCCACAGUGGCGAAAGGGUUGGGGGAGGGCAGCAAGUGUCCUCUAUGGUUGACUCUGGGCUGGUGGCAGCAUCCUGCUUGCUCCAACUCACAGGAUCCUGACAGUGGCUGGGACCUCAGGGACCCCUGCAGGUUUUCUCUGUAUAAGAAAUAAAGCUCCUACUAUGUGCCAGUACCUCUCAGCUCUGCUCCACACUUCCCCAGCCACUCUGGAGCACAGGACGGGUGGGCUUUCUUGCCUGUUGGGGUCUCAGGUCCCCGUUCUUCCUUCCGGAUGGACUAACCACGGAAGGACCAGGCCUCUGCUUUGGGUUCCAUCAAACUGCCCCUCACCGUCCCAUGUCCCGCUCCUUCCCAGUUCAGCAUCCCAUCUGGGUAUGUGAGCUGGUGAGUCUGAUAGACCUGCCCAGCCCUGACACAGCCUAGCAGCCUAUGGCCAUGUGAUAGGGACUUCCUUUGGGUCCCAGAGCUGGGGGCGGAGGUGUAAAAUCUUCCUAAGUGGUAGAAGAGGAAACAGGAAAUUCAUAUCCCGCUGCCAGCUCAGACUCAGGGAUGGCCUCGGGGCUGACUCUCUGAUUGCAGAGAACCUGUGUUCAUUUCCCAUCUCACCCCAGGUUGAUCCCCAGGGCCCGGGCCACUGGGUAUCUGCUUUGUGCCAACUAGGCCUUGCUUGCUGCUUCCUGGUGGCCCUUGGUUAGGAUCCUUCUCCUUCUGGAGCUCAGUGUGUACGUAUGCCGCCUCCAAAGAGGCUUCUGCUGGUCAGACUCUCCAAGCCGCUUUCCGUGGGCGCGCCUACAGCAGAGGCUGCUGCCUCCUGUGCUCUACCUUGCUCUUUCUGGAAAACAUUAAACUCACCAUGGAGAUCCACAGCAA